CUACAGAGGGGAUACGAAAGACAGGAAUUAUUGCAAUAAACCGGCGAACACAUGUUCUUGUUUGCAAAAAAAUGAUUCAUUUUGAAUGACUGACUAUUAUCCACUACAAGUCACAAGUUGUUGGGACUGGGACAGCAAUAUUAAUCAGCCAACACUAAACAUUCUCUUGUUGAAACGCAGUCAAGAAGAUCAUCAACAUCAUCAUGAAAUGUAUUUUGAAACCGAUCGACGCUUCUUCUUCGCUGACUCCAAUAACCCUUGAAAAUGGUCACAAAAUCUGCAUUGGGCGAGGUCCAGAAACCAAAAUUACUACAAAACGAUGUUCCAAGAGACAGGUGGAGCUGACAGCCAACUAUUCUACAAAAAUGGUCCACUUUCGUCAGACCGGACCAAAUCACUCUGCCCUUAACGGGAAGCUAAUUGGAAUGGGGAUUAAGGGGAAGGCUGUCCAUGGAGACGUACUCGAAGUGAUAUUGGGAGACCUCAAAUAUCGAGUGUGCUUCGAAAGUGAUGAAACUGACGAAUCUUCCCGUCUGGCCGAUGGGUCUCCGCAGAAAAAGAUUCCAAAAAUGUUCCUUCCUCGCAACUCUGCUGCCGAUCAGUUCAAGAGAGACGACCUCCUACUCAACAAUGGAGUGUGGGAGGUUAAGGGUAACAACGAGGUGGCCGUCUACGUCUUGGGGGACGAAAUGAAGGAAGCCAAACCAAAUGUGGCCGGAUUCGACAUGGACGGUACGCUAAUCACCACAAAAUCCGGAAAAGUAUUUCCCACUGGACCCAACGACUGGAAGUUUCUAUACCCUCAAAUUGUCGAGUUUCUCCAAAAAUUCUUCUUAGAUCAUCCCGAUUUUAAAUUUGUGCUGUUCACGAAUCAAGCAGGAUGUAAAGAGCAAAAGCAGAUGGACAUGAUGAAAAAGAAGAUUGAGACAAUUUUGAAACAGGUUGGCGUUCCCGUCUUGGCCUUCGUUGCUCCAAACAAGAAUAAGUACAGGAAGCCGUUGACUGGGGGAUGGGACCUUUUUGUGCAAGAGUACAACGGUGGAGUUACUCCAAACUUGACGACUUCAUUCUAUUGUGGCGAUGCUGCAGGGAGGAAGAAGGACCACGCCAUGUCGGACAGAUUGUUUGCACUCAACGUUGGAAUCACGUUUAAACUCCCAGAAGAAUUCUUCCUCAGCUCAACUCGUGUCCAGGAGAUGAGUACGCCAGCAUUUGAACCGAAAAAAUACUUGGCAAAUUGUCCAAACAACGAUCACGUGAAGUUUGGUAAAGGUCAAGAGAUGAUUAUUAUGAUCGGAUUCCCAGCGUCCGGGAAGAGUUCUUUUGUGAAGAAUACUAUUCUUCCAAAGGGACAUGUUCAUAUCAAUCGGGACACUUUAAAAACACCACAAAAGUGUCUCUCCACAACGGACAAUGCUUUGCAAAAUGGUGAUAGUGUCGUUGUGGACAACACUAGCCCUGACAAAAAAGAUAGAGCAGAGUAUAUCAAAUUGGCAAAAAAACAUGGUGUUCCAGUUCGAUGUUUCAAAAUGAAUGUAGAUCACGCCCACGCAUUACAUAACAAUAAGUUUCGAGAAUUGACAAACGCAUCCCAGUCCGUACCUGCCGUAGCAUACAAUGUCUUUAAGGCACGAUAUCAAGAACCGGUGAUGGAAGAGGGCUUCUCUGCAAUUGUCCUGAUUAAUUUCGUGCCCAACUUUACCAACUAUGACGAGUCCGAAAGUCAAAAUAGAAUGAAACUCUACAGCUCUUACUUAUUGGAGAAAUGACAACAGUUGUCGGUUGUCGGUGUUAAUAUGUCGGUCGGUGUAAUAAAUAAAUCGUGUAAUGAUGAAAAAAUGUA